AUGAGCCAAAUAAAUAAAGAGCGAGAAAUUGAAAAUCUAAAGGAAGAAGCAGCUAAAUUGAAAGCUAAAGAACGAGAAAUUGCAAAAUUAAAAGAAGACGAAGCAGCUAAAUUGAAACAAGAAAUUAAAAAACUAAAGGAAGAAGUAGCUAAAUUACAAGAUAAAGAACAAGAAAUUGAAAAACCAAAGGAAGAAGCAACUAAAUUUGAACAAGAAUUUGAAAAAUUAAAGGAGGAAGCAACUAAAUUAGAUAAUAAAAAGGAUAAAUUAAACGAUGAAAGAGAUCAAUUGAAAACAGAGAUAAAUGGCUUACAAGAAGAAAAGAAACAAUUAAUUAAAGACUUGAGAUCUUUAACCAAGAAAUUGAAAAAUUGA